AUGGACACUUUUAAUUGGUAUUUGGAGAGAACAUCAACAUUGCAACAAAUCAAACCUGUAGGUUUAUACGAUCUUUCAAAUUUACAGUUGAGAUUUUUGUGCCCACAAGAUAUCAAUGAAGUGAACGCUUUGUGUGUAGAUUGUUUUCCCGUGGAAUACCCUAGGUCAUGGUAUGAAGACAUUACAUCAAAUCCAAAGUUUUAUUCUUUAGCUGCUAUACAUAAAUCUGCUAUUGUGGGCAUUAUAGUAGCUGAAAUCAAAUUAUAUAUAAAAUUAACUCCAAAGGAAAGAGAAGUAGUUUCACCAUCUGCAGGAAAAUUUACACAAGUUGGAUAUAUCUUGAGUUUAGGUGUUACUAAAGCAUAUAGACGAAAUGGCAUAGCAUCAUUGUUGUUAGAUAAUCUUGUAUCACAUUUAACUUCAGCAGAAUCUAAAAACUGUAAGGCAAUUUUUUUACAUGUACUUUCUAGCAACUCAUCUGCAAUUGCCUUUUAUGAGAGAAAGAGUUUCAGGUUACAUUCAUUCCAUCCUUAUUAUUAUAUGAUUAAUGGAAUCAACAAAGACGGGUUUGCAUAUGUGCUAUACAUAAAUGGUGGACACCAACAAUGGAUGAUCUUAUAUCCUUUUAAACAAAAAUUUAUAUUGAUUAUUCAUUCUAUUGGUAAACAAUGUGUGGGAUGUAGAUAUUAUAUUUAUUCUACAGUUUGCGAAUUGGGUGUUGUCAGAUGGACAAUUAGCAAAGCUCGAAAAGCCGCUAGACGUUUUUGGCCAAGAAUUAGGCGAAUUGCUUCACAGAAUACCAGUACUAUUAUGAUUGACUGUAGCUGA